CCAGUACUUAAGUUGUAUUAUAUUACAGGCCUGUGUUGGUCGACCACUCUCAGGUAAGGUUGUUUUUUUAGUAUUUUCACUUUUAAUACUUUCGUACACGGUUUAGUGAUUUUCCUUAAACAAAUUUGACUUUGACGAAAGUUGACUCUGAUGAAAAUAAUGACGCUGUUGUGCCUCGUUUUAAUUAAAUAAAAUAUAUAUCUGGAAACUUCUUCCACCAGUGGCUGUUUUAUGGCGAGCGUCUCACCUGUAGGUGGCAGCAGCGUGCCUGAGAUGCGUUGAAUUUCAGAAGAAGAAGAAGAAGACGAAGCCGCAGAAGAAGAAGAAAAAAAAUAAGAACGUGAGAAGUUGGGAGAGAGUUGUUUUAAGUUACAGCAGGAAGUUGAAACCAGGCUCCGUGUUCGUUGCUGAUCCCCUGAGCUGCUCUCGGUCCUCAGAGAGAUGCAGGCUGCAGGAGGCAGCGCCGACCGGCCGCAUCCUCUGUUUGGAGGAGCGCUGUCAGCUGUCAUCCCGCACAGUGCCACGGACAUCAGUGAGCUGAGGGAGAUCCCGGACAACCAGGAGGUGUUUGCUCACGCGCACACCGACCAGAGCCUCAUAGUGGAGUUGGUGGAGCAUCAGGGCCAGGUGGCGGACCAGGACUCUGCCAGGUAUCACUUUGAGGACAUCGCAGGCAGCAACAAAGCUCAGGAGCCGGGUGUCUUCGGAGUGACCAGUGUUGUGCCUCUGCCCAAAUCUGAUCUGUCCCUGUCGGAGUGCAGCUCGGCCUGGAUGCUGACUGGGACACAGUGUGUGUCCAAGUUCAACGAAGAGGCGAGGAACACGGUGACCCUUCACCUGGGUGUGUUCCGCCUGCCGCAGUUCUCCACAGAAGUCCUGAUCACCUUCAAUGACCCGCAGAGCAUCAGCCCCGACAGCAGCAGUGCCGCUGAUGUGGCGGGACACAAAUCGCCGUGGACGGUGCAGGAAUUCCAGCGCUUGUUGCAGACUCUGACUCUGCACAACCCUGGGCUGUUUGGAUAGAGCAACUGCUGCCCACCACACAUGAUAAAACCUAGCAGGACUAUGCUUUGCUUAAAGGGGCCUGUUAUUAACAGUUCUGUGUCAUGUUCUGGAAUCCUGGCCCACAAGUUUUGAAAACGAUCCUUCCCCUGCCCUGACACAUGAAUACAUGUUCUGUUCUGCUUCUGAUGUUUACUUUGUUUCAGUAAUUGAACUACUUAAAACCAAAUUAUCUCCAGAUGUGUAUCAUAAUACAUUUUUGAAUAAAUAUUAUUGAACUAUUUCAUUA